CACGGACUUGUUGUGAUAGCAGGAAAUAUCUGCCCUAAAUUGAAGUCAAUCGGACAGUUUUCUUGUCAAUGGAUUCCGUUGGAGCUAGCAGUAUUAAAGUAACAAUAACGAUCUGUCUCAAGCAGUGAAGUACUGGUAUUCGUACAGUACGGAUCAUAUAAAAAGCAAGUGCAUAUAUCCUUGACAAAGAGGGUUCGGUUGUUGACAGUGUUGAUGUUAGCUGUUUAUAUUUUCUGAUGAUAUGGAAUUAUUUGUGUGUACGUGUGUUUUUUUUUUAAGCAACGUGCGGUUUAUGAUAUUAAAUAAAAUAUUUUCGUCAUGAACUAAAUGUUGUUGCCUAACACAAGAUGUGCUGCCUUUAACAAGUGGUAUUGCAUAUAACAAGCAGUGUUGCCUAUAACAAGUGGUGAUACCUAUAGCAAAUGGUGUUGCCUUUACCAAGUGGUGUUGCUAAUAACAAGUGGUGUUUUGUACAACAGUAACACGUUGUCCAUAAUAAGUGGUGAUGCCUAUAACAAAUAGUGUUGCCUUUAAGAAGUGGUGUUGGCUUUAACAAGUGGUGUUUUUAAUAACAAGUUGUGUUGCAUAUAACAAGUGGUGUUGCUAGUAACAAGUGAUGUUGCAGAUAAAAAGUUGUGUUACAAACAAGUGGUGUUGCAGAUAACAAGUGGUAUUGCCUGUAACAAGGGCUGCUGCCUUAUACAAGUUGUGUUGAUAAUCACAUGUUGUGUUGCCUAUAAAAGUGGUGUUGCCUAUAUCAAGUGGUACUGCAUUUCACAUGUGGUGUUGCAUUAAACAAGUGGUGUUGCAUAUAACGAGUGGUGUUUUUUUUAAGUGGUGUUGCCUGUUACAAGUGGUGUCGCCUAAAACAACUGGUGUCACCUGUAACACGUGGUAUUGCCUUUAGCAAGAGGUGUCGAUUUUAACAAGUGAUGUUUCCUAUAACAAGUGUUGCCUAUAACACGUGUUGCCUAUAACACGUGGUGUUUGCUUUAACAAAUGGUGUCGACUAUAACAAUUUGUAUUGCGUAUAACAAGUAUAAUUUAAGUAAAGUAAAUACGGCAAUUCAAUUCUACCGUAAAGCAAAGGGAAGCUUAACUUUGACUUUGAUGGCAUGCUUCGCUGGGGGUGAUGGAACACUGUUGCGACAAAAUAAAGGUUGUAAAUGUCAAACGUAUUUUAGUUUAUGUUUUACAACAAUCAUAAGUUCGGGAUAUGCAAGUGUAAUGUCUAGUCGGAUUGUGAGAAAUGAUCGUCUCUAGAUAUAUGCGAGAAACAUUGAUAUCGAUGACGAAAAUGCAUGCUUUGAAAGCAUACAAGACUGCAGCGUGUGGUUUGGCAUUUCGAGUGACUAAUGAAGUCAUCCUCUUAGCCUCGAACAUGGGCCGGUGGAGGCCGAAACGCUGGACACCAACUUCCGUUGUACAAAUCAUCCUUGGUGUCAUGGUAACAGUGCUGCUGGCACACACCUGGCAACAGCCCACGUGUCUGCUUCAUAUCAAACCAGCUCUCAUUACCGGCGUCGGCCUGUGCACCAUCAUGAUAUGCGUUGACAUCCUGCUUCACAAGCCGGGCUCCACCCACAACAUCGUCUCUUUACUGAAACAAUACGUACUCCAGCGAGCCUUGUACGCCGUUGGGCUUAUCAUGCACCGGAAAUUCCGCAAAUUGUGUAUAAAUGUUUAUGAACAGCAGCAAAAACUCCUGGCGGAAAUUAUCAGUGCAAAUAAAGAAACCCAAGUAGCGAGAUCCCUCCGCGUCGAUUCCGUACACGACGUACACGAAUUUCGAACAAAAGUGCCUCUUACGUCUUAUAAAGAUUAUGAAAGAUUUACAGAAAUCGUCUGUAACGAUGAAUCUUCAAACGUUUUCUUUCCCGGAAAAGUGGAUUUUAUCGCAAAAACGUCCGGGACAACUUCCGGUAAAAGCAAGUUGUUUCCUAAAUCACUCCGCCUGUUAAGAAGGCUGUCCGGGAAGUGGCUUCUUUUGUCACAAAAAUGUUUUAUGGAAAUUCCAAGGAACAAUUAUCUCAGGAAAUGGCUAGCUGUGCGGGUAGAACCACGCACUCAAAAAAGCAACUCUAGUAUUACAGUUGGACCUAUUUCCGGUGUGGCUUCCAGCUACUCACUCAAUCCAUACGUUGCGCCGGAUGUCGUCAGGACCAUGUCUAACGAAAAUUACGUUAUUUAUUUAAAUCUGCUGUUCGGCCUUAAAACGAAAGAUAUUUGUAAUUUAUUCUUUUCUACGUCACAAAUGGGUGUUUAUUUUUUCAAGGAAUUAGAAAGGAACUGGCAGCAAAUCUGUGACGAUAUUGAGAACGGAAGUCUAUCUGACACGGUGAACUUGUCCCCGGACGUUCGCGAGGCCCUUAUAAAGGAACUGGGAGGAUGUGACGUCAUCACAGCGAGGCGUCUUCGCCAGGAGUUCCGGAAGGGGUUUCAGGACAUCGUGCCGCGCCUGUGGCCGGAGUGCGCAGGAGUGUUCUGUCUGGCGACGGGAUGCUUUGAAAAGCACGCAGACAUUCUGCGGCGCAAGUAUCUGGGAUCCCUACGCGUGUUCUCUACGUUCCACGCAGGAAGUGAGGCGUUCUAUGGCGUGAACACGCACUUGUUGGCAGACGACAUCACAUAUACCGCCAUGACGCCGUUCAUAUUCUUCGAGUUUAUACCGGAAGCGCACGUGGACGAAGAUCAACCAGAGACGCUUCUUUGCAAUCAGGUGGAAGUAGGUGAGCGGUACGAGCUGGUGGUGACCACGUGGGAGGGGCUGUACCGCUACAGAUCGGAGGACGUCGUGCAGAUUGCAGGCUUCGAGGGCACCGUACCAGUGUACAAAUACUGCAGAAGACGCGGGGACAUUCUUUGCGUGUGCACAGAGCGCGUUCCUGAAUUCCUUUUGGCCGAUGCGGUGGAGUGGUGCAUAGCUGCGAACCGGAAGUCAUACGUGGACUUCAUAUCCACGGAGAGCUAUAAUCUUCCAGGAGCGUCCGGACGGGGCUACUACGUAAUCUUUAUCGAAAUGCAAUCUGGGCACCAUUUAACCGAAACAGAAACAGCAUUGGUUGACAGCGAGCUGAUGAGACUACACGACGGUUACCAUAGUUUCCGCGAGAGCGGUAAAAUUACUCCGGUGAAGGUCGUUCAGGUGGCGCCACGAACGUUUGAACUCCUGUCAAGGGAGAUAAUGGCGCAGAACCAGAGCACGGUGAUGCAAUUCAAACUACCUCGGAUAAUUAGAACACUUUCAUUUCUGACGUUUCUAAUGCAAAGAAGUGAAUGUGAGACUGACCAUGGAUGACUGAAUGGUUGAAAUGUCGUGUUGUUUUCUUCUUAACAUUUGCCUGAAAAUAUCAUUCACAAUAAAUGUAUUGCUGAUGAUUAAGACUUUAAAGAACAUAUUUAUGAUUUUAUAUAAUUGUAUUUCAUUGAAUAUUUAUUUGAAUAUUGAAUUUAA